AUGAGCGCGAGGCAGAUCAGCAUUCACAGCGACUCCCAGCUCAUAGUAAAUCAGAUAACGGCAGACUUCGCAGCAAGGGAUGCCUCCAUGUCAGCCUACCUAUCGGCAGCUCACCAACUACUACAAAAAUUCCAGGCCUACGAGAUACGGCAGAUCCCCAGGUCGGAAAAUAGCCAUGCCGACGCGCUCUCACGAUUGGCCUCGGCCAUAAAUGACAAGAUCGGAAGGAAGGUACCGGUGGAGAUAUUAUCCCAACCGAGUACAACCGCCGCUGAGGUAUGUACCGUUCGGUACGAAGACACAUGGAUGUCUCCAAUCUAUGCCUACCUGACGGCCGGAACCCUUCCUACCGAUAAGUCCCAAGCUCGGAAACUUCGCUACCGAUCGGCAAGAUACACAGUCAUCAACGAUGUUCUGUACAAACGGGCUACACGACGCCGUAUUUAA